ACCCCCAAUAAAUACCAUUAGACCUUCCCGCUUUCUCUCAGCCAUAUCCAAUACACAACUCUCUCUUUCUCUCUCUUAUUAUCCCAAUGGCGGCGACUGCGUUUGGAAUCCGCUUCAUGUGGUUAGCCGUUACGGCUUCCUUAAUGUUAACCGUUACAAACGCUAAAAUUCCUGGCGUUUAUACCGGUGGACCGUGGCAGAACGCACACGCUACCUUCUACGGCGGUAGUGACGCUUCCGGCACCAUGGGCGGUGCGUGUGGGUACGGGAAUUUAUACAGCCAAGGAUACGGUGUGAACACGGCGGCUCUGAGCACUGCCCUGUUCAACAACGGUUUCAGCUGUGGCGCUUGCUUCGAGCUUAAGUGUACUGACGACCCGAGAUGGUGUGUCCCCGGGAAUCCGUCGAUUCUCGUGACGGCAACGAACUUUUGUCCGCCGAAUUUUGCGCAGCCUAGUGACGACGGAGGAUGGUGCAAUCCGCCGCGAGAGCACUUCGACCUUGCCAUGCCGAUGUUCCUCAAGAUUGGUCUGUACCGAGCCGGCAUUGUCCCCGUCUCCUAUCGCAGGGUACCUUGUCGGAAGCUAGGAGGGAUAAGAUUCACUAUUAACGGUUUCAGAUACUUCAACCUCGUUUUAGUAACCAACGUCGCUGGUGCCGGAGAUAUUAAUGGAGUGAGCGUGAAGGGAUCGAAGACGGAUUGGGUGAGGAUGAGUAGGAACUGGGGACAGAACUGGCAGUCCAACGCUGUCCUCAUUGGCCAAGCUCUUUCUUUCCGAGUCACCGCCUCUGAUCGCCGUUCCUCCACCUCUUGGAACGUUGCUCCUCCCUCGUGGCAGUUUGGUCAGACCUUCUCUGGCAAAAACUUCCGAGUUUGAACCCAAAAGAUGAAGUUUACUUACAAUAAUACUUGCAUGCUAUUUUUAAUUUUUGUAUGAGAGACAGAGGAAGAAAAAGAGAGAUCAUCAGACAUUUUCUUGCCCUGGGUUUUCACUUAAUUUUCCUGGGAAAAUUCUGGUGGCUUUGGGAAAUUAUUUCCCUUUUAAUGUUUGCGAUUACGAGUGAUUUGUUUUUGUUUGUUUAUUUUUCUUUUUAUUGUUUCGUUGGUGGCAUUUUCUGCUAAUAAGAGAAUUUCUUUUCUU